UUUAGCCCUCAGUGUUGCUCCUGGCAACCACUGGCACUGUUUUUUAAGGGAGGUCUUUGGUGUCCGGUACCAACAACUGUUGAACAACUGUUUGUUUUAACAAAUACAAAAAAAUAGAUCCAACAAUAAAUACAACAAGAAGAAGAACAAGUUAACUCCAGUAAGUCCACAGGAUGGCGGUAACAGAGCACCAGGCUGGACAGCUGCCGUCAAACCACAAAGAAGACGUAGAAGAAGAUUGAGCAUCUUUUGAGCAGAGUCGUGUGAAAGAGCUAACAGCUUACAGCAUCGGAUGCCUCUUUAAACGGAUAUUUGUUUUAAAGCAAAGGGCGGCAUUGAGGAGACCAACAUGAGCAGUUUUAGUAGACCUGACAGACACAGGACACCACUAUUCACCAGGGCAACACACCUUGGAGCAUCCAAGCAUGACCUGGAGAGAGAUUCAGGCUUCUCAGAUGCCAGCUCUGAGUACCUCAGUACAGUCGAUCUGACUGACUCUGAGGAUGCAGGAAGGAAUAGGUCCAUAGUCGGCCAGGAUCCGUCUGGUCCUCAGGUGGCUGUGAUGGGAGGCUCGUACGCAGGACUGUCUCCAAUGAUCAUCAUGAAUAACUUUGUCCUAAAGCAGCCAUCCCCGAUACCUCCAGGAGAAAAACAGUGGGGCUUUCCUUCACCCUUGGAAGUGAUGCCUCAGUCACAGGUGGUUCUUCUUCAGCCCAUGGUAUCAAAUAACAGCAGCAGCUCUCCAAAGAUCAGCUCUGAAAAUGUCCGACAAUCAAAAAGCUACAUGCCCAUCCUUAAGUCGUAUCCCAGAAUCGCCCCGCACCCUGCAGACUCGCCCACUAAGAGGGCGGGAUCCGUCAGGGUGAGGGUGAGUUUAACAUCAAGACAUGACCAGCGGCAGAGGAGGCACCACCGCGGCCACAGGCUCUACAGCUCCCCCAGCCCGCAGCCAGCACUGCAGUCUCCAAUCAAACCAAUCUCCAACUUUGAAAAGACAAGCAGCCAAUCACAGGCAGCUGAGAGUCAGGAGCAGCUCAGUGACAAGUCUCUCUCCCCGCUAGCAGGGACCAGCUCUCUGACCCCUUACACAGAUGAAUUCAGGACAGAGGUUGACAGCGACAGCAUGCAUGCUGACAAAUAUCAGGAUCCCUUCUCAUUGGACAAUAACAAACUGAAACGCUUCAGUAAUACCUACAACAUUCUCAACAAAUCUGGCUUGCUGGGGAUCACGAUGCGCACAAAGCAGCUGAUCAAGGAGAACAGGCGCACUCAAGGCCAGCUGCAGCAGCUUCAGGAGCAAACGGCCCUGCUGCUGGAGGCUUUGAGCAGCGGAGACCCGGAGCUCUGGACUAAACUGCAGCUGUCUCUGCAGCACACAGACAAGGAGCAAUGGGGAGCUAAAGCUCAGAGAGUACUGGAGUAAUAUAUUGAUGGACAAGACCAGCAGUUCUGAAUCAGAGGUUCACAAGAUGAUUUAUUGAAGUAUAUCUCAAAUCUUCACAACAAAAGCUUUCUUCGUGCGAAACAGUCAUUACAGGAUCUAGCAUUACCACUAAGCAAACUAUAAAACAAACUAUAUACUUACGGUACAUCAUACAUUUUCAAGUUAUGGAGCCAAAACAUUCAGAACUGCUGGUCUUAUAUGAAGCUGAAGAACAUUUACUAAAUACCAGUGGGAGUUAGGAAGCAUGCUUCAAACCCUUGCCUAUAAUACAUUUCCUUGCCUCUCCUGCUUCAAAAUGGCAAGUAUCUUCUGCAAUAGGCCUAUGGCUUCUAUAUCUUGACCUCUUAAUUGCAUAAAACGCAUGCCUUACAGCACACGUGAGGUCACAUGGGGUUCAUUUAUACACACCUAGAAUGUGAUGGCUUUAGUCAAAAUAUAAGCAUUGUUUCUACUUUUGAAAUCAAAUAGAAAACCCAGUGUGGAUUCCCUCUUUACUGACAAGCAUCUUGAAUCAAUAGGGCAGCAUCUUGUCCACUUUAUUAUUUGCUUCAUAUUUAAUUUGGAUGGUAAAUGAACCUGAGUGAGGAGGUACCUCCUUUGUGAGGAAAUGUAAAUACUAACAGCUUGUAUUCUCAAACAACAGCUGAAUAGAGAAUCCAGACGGCUGGCAAAACACCAUUUUGUUUUUUAUAAUUUGGUUAUUUAUUUAUAAUUAUGUUCCUGACCAACAUAAAACUACAUGACUAAUAUAAACAAACCAAGCACAUUAUAACGGCUUUGCUAGUUCCUACAAGAACUUUGUAGGAAUUCUCGGGAGCAUAAACUGUAGCAAGUGAAGUGCUGUAGCCAUAUUUUAUUCUUCUCUUGACUUUGCAUAUGUUGCUGCCAUGUUCAUUCCUGCUGCUUUGGCUUAACGUGAUGUGUAUUAAUUAUGUAUAUAACUUCAAGGCAAAGCCAGGACAGUUUCGUAUUAUAGACUCUUGCACUUUAGUUCUAAGAUUACUGACACAACAUUUUUAGACAAAUGGUACAACUUGUGUCCCUAAAUGAGUGCUCUUUCUUUAUAAAACAAUGUAAAUAUAAAUGUAUAUCUGGAUGCCUGUGCCUUUUUGAAUAUGCUCAUGGUUGUACUUCUUAUCAGUGCUUGAGCUGCUUGUGCGCUUCAUGUGGAAGAAAGUUGAAUGUACUUAAAAGGCCUCCAAAGAAUUAAUAUUCGUCUUUGAAUCAAAACAAAUCAUGCCCGGAUUAGGCGUUACAUCCAGAGUUGCUGUAGCAAGAAUAGCAUGAAGACAAGUUAAGUCAUAAAUGGUUCAGUUUUAAACGUAAAGUCGAGGUUAACUGUUGUGUUAUUUAUUUUAGCAGCAAUAUUUUCUAAUCAUACAUGUAAAACUAAGAAAUAAUCCAGCCGGUGUUGGUUUAAAGGAGGAUUACAACAAUUAUUUUAACAUUACUUUUCAUUGAUUGCUUUUUUUCCCGUUAUUGUAAAAUGUGCUUUCUGUAUUGUUUCUUUAGCAAAAGUCACUUUGACUAACAAUGAACUGUCAUAAAACUGUUUGACGAUC